UCUCCCCAUUACACAUUUGCCGGCUUUCCAAAAUCCCAAAUCCUCCGUCUCCUCCUUUGCUUAUAACAAAAAGACAACAAAUUUAGUUUAUUCUUUUGAUUCAAGUUAUAAUUAUAGAAAAGAAUCAUAAUUGUUCCCGUUUGAAAGCUCGUUCUCGUUCUAGAAAGAAUUCGCCGGCCGGUGGUCCAAUCCGUCGCCGAGUUACCGUAUCUCCGGCAAUGGGUAGGGCUUUACUCGGCUCGUUUAAUGAUACAUCGGUGAUGUAUACCCUAAAGGACGCGUAUAGUUGGUGGGAUGAAUUAAACGAUUCCCCAAUUUGGCAGGAUUUGAUUUUUCACGUCCUUGCUGCUCUCUAUGGCGUCGUCACCCUUGUUGCUCUUGUUCAAUUGAUCAGAAUUCAAUUAAGAGUUCCAGAGUAUGGUUGGACCACCCAGAAAGUCUUCCAUUUUCUCAAUGUUUUAGUUAAUGGAGUUAGAUGUUUAAUCUUUUUGUUCCAUAGGGAUGUUCUACAGUUAAAACCAGAGAUUGUUCAACAUAUAUUGCUUGAUGUGCCAAGCCUUGCAUUUUUCACUACCUAUGCUCUCUUAGUUUUGUUUUGGGCAGAAAUUUACUAUCAGGCUCGAGCAGUUUCAACUGAUGGUUUGAGGCCGACUUUCUUUAUAAUUAAUGGGAUCAUUUAUGCAAUUCAGAUGGUUUUAUGGCUAAUAAUUUGGUGGAAGCCUAUCUCUCUUUUUGUGAUCCUCUCCAAGAUGUUUUUUGCAGUGGUGUCCUUGUUUGCAGCAUUGGGGUUUCUUCUUUAUGGAGGAAGACUCUUUUCAAUGUUGCAACAUUUCCCUGUAGAAUCAAAAGGCCGGCGAAAGAAGUUACAUGAGGUUGGCUAUGUUACAGCAAUCUGCUUUGUGUGUUUCCUUGUAAGAUGUAUCAUGAUGUGCUUUAAUGCAUUCGAUGAUGCUGCUAACCUUGAUUUGUUGGAUCAUCCGGUUCUCAACUUCAUAUACUACUUGUUGGUGGAAAUAUUACCAUCGUCUCUAGUUCUCAUAAUUUUGAGGAAGUUGCCACCUAAGCAAUCCAUCAUGCCAUAUCACCCUAUUCGUUGAGAACAAGGGUAAAAUUGACAAUUUAGGAGCUGAUCUCUAGAAAACGAAGCACAUGAAGGAGUUGGUUUUUCUACUCAGUGAUCAUUUAAGGAAACUAGGAACAAGUGUAGAAGCCAAGCAAAUGGUGUUAGAAAGACUUUGGAAGCUUUGGGUUGUGAAAUGUAUAUUUGUUGUAUUGAUUUGUAUUUGUUUGUGUCUUCUUAAUGAUACUAUAGUUUACAACCCAAUUGAAAGCAAAUGGGAUACAAAACUUGAUGUUUAUAGAAGACAAAAUUCAUUUAAAAAGGUGUGGUUUGAUGUAA